UACUCUCCGGCGCGAACGCAGAGCUGGAAAUGCUGAGCCCGACAGCUGGUUUAUUUUUGGGUCAGUGACAGUGUGUCAAUGGCCGCAGAUGCGUCGGAAAGGAAGGCUCUGAGAUACCAACAGACCCUGCUGUAUGGGGAAUACCAUGAGCACACGGGUGGGUCUGGCCGGAGAGAGGCCACCCGACUUCUAACAGAGAGACAAUGGAAGAAACACCACCACCAUCACCAUCACCAUGGCCACCAUCCACAGCAUCACCGUGGCCACCAUCACCACGGGCACCACCAUGGCCACCACCAUGGUCACACACAUGGACACGGGCACCACAGCAGGCACGGGGGUCGGCAUCACUCAGACGAGGUGGGACAUGCACAAAUGGCUACAGAGCAAGGCAACCCUUUGUCUAUAAAGAAACGUUGCUCCUACUCAAAGUGCAGAGACUGUGUAGCACGGGUACAGAAGUUCCUGGUCACCAAGCUGGGAGAGGACUGGAUCUUUCUGGUGCUGCUGGGCAUCUCAAUGGCACUGGUCAGCUGGACCAUGGACUACACCAGUGCCAAAAGUCUACAAUUGUAUAAGUGGAUUCACUGGGAGCUGAGGGGUAAUGUCCUGCUCCAGUACCUGGCUUGGGUCAGCUAUCCCAUGGCGCUCAUCAUGUUCGCCUCCUUCUUCUGCCACCUGGUCGCCCCACAAGCCAUCGGCUCUGGUAUUCCUGAGCUGAAGACCAUUCUCAGAGGGGUCGUGUUGAAGGAGUAUCUGACUGUCAGGGCUUUUACUGCCAAGGUCAUUGGUCUGACUGCAGGUCUGGGCAGUGGGAUGCCAGUAGGGAAAGAGGGCCCAUUUGUUCAUAUCGCCAGCAUCUGUGCUGCUGUGCUGAGCAAGUGUAUGACGUUCUUCUCGGGAGUCCAUCAGAGCCCAUACUGCUACACAGACAUCCUUACAGUUGGCUGUGCGGUUGGGGUGGGUUGCUGUUUCGGUACCCCUCUUGGAGGGGUGCUGUUCAGUAUCGAGGUGACGUCCACUUACUUUGCUGUGAGGAACUACUGGAGAGGCUAUUUCGCCGCCACCUUCAGUGCCUUCAUAUUCAGAGUGCUCUCUGUGUUCAACAAAGAUGCAGUCACCAUCACUGCUCUCUUCCGCACCAAGUUCCGCAUGGACUUCCCCUUUGACCUCCAGGAGCUGCCUGCAUUUGCCAUCAUCGGGAUCUCCUGCGGCUUCCUGGGGGCCUUCUUCGUCUGGCUGAACCGCCAGGUGGUGCUGUUCAUGAGGAAACCCAACGCCAUGACACGCUUCCUCACCAGACACCGACUGAUUUUCCCCGGUGUUGUGACCUUAGUGAUAGCCAGCUUGACCUUUCCCCCUGGAUUUGGACAGUUCAUGGCUGGAGAGCUAAUGCCCAGAGAAUGCAUCAACUCCCUGUUCGACAACUUCACCUGGACCAAAAUCUGGGGCUCCCCCCCUCCCCCCGGCUUGGGGCGCUCCUCUGCCUGGCUGCACCCCGACGUCAGCGUCUUUGUCAUCCUCCUCCUCUUCUUCGUCAUGAAGUUUUGGAUGUCUGCUGUUUCGACCACGAUGCCCAUCCCUUCUGGAGCCUUCAUGCCUGUCUUCAUACUCGGAGCCUCUUUUGGCCGGCUCGUGGGGGAGAUCAUGGCUGCCCUCUUCCCCGAUGGGAUUCUGUUUGAUGGAAUCUUGUACCGCAUCAUCCCAGGAGGGUACGCAGUCAUUGGAGCGGCGGCACUGACCGGGGCGGUGACCCACACGGUGUCCACGGCGGUUAUCUGCUUUGAGCUGACGGGCCAGAUCUCCCACAUCCUGCCCAUGAUGGUGGCCGUGAUCCUGGCUAACAUGGUGGCCCAGGGCCUGCAGCCCUCGCUCUACGACUCCAUCAUCCAGAUCAAGAAACUGCCUUACCUCCCUGAGCUGGGCUUUGGACACAUCAGCCAGUAUAACAUCUUUGUGGAGGACAUCAUGGUUAGGAAAGUGAAGUUUCUCUCAUUACAGUCCACCUACAGGGAGUUGAUACACCUCCUGAAUUCCACUUCUCUCAAAACGAUACCACUAGUGGAUUCAACAGACUCUAUGAUCCUUUUGGGCUCCAUCGAGCGGUCAGAGCUCCACGCUCUCUGUGAUUGGUGGCUCUCUGCAGAGAGGCGGAUCCUCAGGCAGGAACAGCGUUUGCAGGAACAGAACCAGUAUGCCAAAGACAGCUGGGAAUCCUUUGCCUUUGUGGAUGAAGAUGACGAGGAGAGUGGAGAUAAGAGUACCCCAGUUCAGGAAGAGAGCAAUGGCCCCCUGCCAUCUCCUAAACCACAGGAGCCCUUGUCCAAUCACACAGCUCCUGAAAAGGGCCAUCUUCAGUCUGUUAGGAGAACUCUACGGAAUAUCUUCACCUCUCGAGACAGACAGGCAGAGGGACAGUCACAGGAGCCUUGCACCAACCCUCUCCUGUCCGAUACGAUGACACCAGAAGAGAUCAAAGAAUGGGAGGAGGCUGAGAUGGACAAGCCAAUGGAAAUUGAUCAGAUCCGAAUAGAUCCCUCCCCUUUCCAGCUAGUGGAGAGGACAUCAUUACACAAGACCCACACUCUCUUCUCAUUACUGGGCCUGAGUCAUGCCUAUGUCACCAGUAUCGGAAAACUGGUGGGUGUUGUUGCACUUAAAGAGCUGCAAAAGGCCAUCGAGGGCUCCACCCGUAGCGGGGUCCGGCUACGUCCCCCUCUGGCCAGCUUCAGCAACACCAGCCGAAAGUCAUCCAAACCCCAGGCAACCUCCGCUCCCUCCUCCCCGACCACCCCCUCCUCCCCUCUCUCCCAGGCUCCCAUCUUCCCCCAUGCCACUGCCCCACCACCUCCCCCGACACAGGAGGAGAUGGAGGUGUGGAUCGAGGGCACGAGGCGGGAGGUGGCAGAGGUGAACAGCAGCAGUAGUAGUAGCAGCAGCGGAACGGGGAGCAGCAGUAGCAACAGUAGCCCCUCACUACCCCACUCCUUGCCCCUCUCCAUCCCCCUCACCUCGCCCCUCUCCAUGCCCCUCACCGUUGCUCUCUCCAUCCCCCUCGCCGCCUUCUCCUCUCCCCUCACCGCCCUCCGGCCUGUCGCAAAGCAGCAAGUGGAGGAGGAGAGUGAAGAUGAGCAGCCCAUCUAGCCUUAUAGACAAGUGAUGUUUUUUUAUAACGUUUUUUUUUAUGGUGUGAAUUUCUCUUUUAGUCUUUCCCUAUCCCUCCAUCUUCUCUCUCUCCCUAUUGCCCUUUCCCUCUUUCGCUCUCUCGCUGUUCCUUCUCGCACCCUCUUUCUUCACUCGAUGAAUGAUGUCUGUGAAUCCACGAGGAUAAAUAAUCUGGGUUCGAUAGUAGUACUUGACCUUUUAAGAUUAGAAUUGAUGUCAUUGGUUUUUAAAUAGGAGACAAUGGCUACCAGUGGUGCUCCAAGAGCUAAAAAAUCAACAAGGCCCCAAAACGACCUUUACUAAACACAUCCUCACCUUGGGAGGGAGUUUUAUGAUCACCAUGCUGGGUUGAUAGAUGACAGUGUUAAAUCAGACUGACGACAGCCAACUCAGAUGUAAUGAUGCUAGAGGUUUUUUACUUAAUGAUGCCAUGACUCCAGCUGAACAACCGCCAUCCCCCUCUGUAAUUUAGAUUAAUCGCUCACUUGAUGAUAACGCAAAACAAACACAUACUGAUGACAUUAUUAUGAAAUUUGGUGACUUUUCCUACCUCCCCCAAAAAAGCUGGGUUGUGUUCAUUAGGCACCAGAUGGAGAUAAACGGACUGAAACAAGGGGGACUACCUCGACCUUGGCCAAUAAGAAAGGCUCAUUUAAACAAAACUCUAAUGUUCUUCUGACACAAAUCAAAUCAUAUUUUAUUGGCCGCAUAGACAUAUUUAGCAGUUGGUAUUGCGGGUGUAGCGAAAUGUGUGUUUGUAGCUCCAACAGUGCAGUAGUAUCUAACAAUUCACAACAAUACACACAAAUCUAAAA